AUGUCGCCGCUCCGGGUCAAAAUUUGGCACCACUGGACCGCGAUCUGGAGGGCCUCCAAGAUGCACGUCGACGCAGACCCGCGGCGCCGCUUGGCCAACAUGUUUGCCGUACCGAUCUGGCUCCAGAUGCACCCCCUGUACCAAGUCGACCGCUCGCCCGACGGCAAGAUGAGUCUCGCGGUCAAGUAUUACAAGUUUCGCUCGUUUGACAAGGGCUGCCUCGCCGUCGAGACGGAGCGGCACGCGCUGUGGGCGUGCCCCGACGUUCAGCCGCUUUGGGACUGGUACCUGGCCGCGUGGUCGGCUGCCGGUAUCUCGUGGUCAUGGGACACCGUGGUACACCCGGAGACGUUCGCGGUUCCGCGCCACGCACGCCCGCUUCGUCACGUGUUCGUCCGACUCUGGUACAGCCUCGUCGCCACGGCGCUCUGCCACCUGUGGAUGCCCCGCAACAAGAUCAAGUUUGAAGCCGCGGGCCCGCUCCACAUGCCGUCGGCCAGAAUCGAGAAAUCUCAUUUGCCGGUUGGACCGCUCGCCCAUGUGUGGAGCAAUGUCAAUGGCGGCACGUGCUGGUUCAAGUCGGCGCGCGGCCCAGCCCAGACAAAGCUAGGUGUCCGCUCGUCGCUCGUGCUCUUUUAA